ACACUAACUUUAUAGUAUUGCUUGCUUGAUAGCAUCUAAUAUUGCGUGUAAAACGUGUCGUAUUCAUUGAGGCAUUCGAAAUCUGUGUCACUUUCUCUUUUAUUGGAAAGGAUUAAACGCACUAAGAUGGGUGUUGUUUUCGUUACAAACAUACAUGUGUUAAGUAUCUUUUUAAGUUUGAUGUCAAAAUGUGAUGCACAAAUUACGGGGACGUGCAUCCGUGAUUAUCAAAUGGCUGACACAUUUUGUCACAAGUUCUAUUUCAACAGUCGCUUAACGUGGAAUCAGGCCGACGCGAGAUGUAAACAAGAUGGUGCGCUUCUUAUCAAAUUGGAAAGCUUCACUAUGUUGCGUAAAGUAAAGUCAAUCAUUCAAGCCAAAGUUCCUCCCCCUACACCCAUCAAUCAGUGGCAUGGUGGUGUCUGGGUUGGUGCCCGCAACAACUCGAAUGGAUAUGUGUGGACAGACGGGACACGUGUGUCUAGCGAUCUCUGGAGUGAAGGUGAACCUAACGAUCAAUAUGAAAAUGAAGAUUGCGCCCUAGUGGACCAUAGAGCGAACCAUUACCUGAAUGACGUUCUGUGUGAUUCUAAAGAGGCCUUCAUAUGCCAAGGUCUGAAAUUCAUCCAGACAACAUUAUUUCAAUAUGUUGAACAGUCAGACCCAACAGCAACCAGCCACUUACCAGACAUGCAUUCAACAUCGCGACAGGAAACUCAUGGUAACACAAAUAUUGUCCUCAUCGCAGCAUCCGUAAUAUCGGUGGUGGUAACCGUUGGACUUCUGGCGGUUGCCUUGGUCGUUUAUAUUUGCGUAAUGAGCAGGAAACAACGAUCGUCAGCUUCUCCACACAAUAGAAGCACAGAAAGAUCACCAACCACCUGCAUUGAGCGACCUCCUGAUCAAUAUUCUGCUUACGAUAUAAUAGUCGAAGACUAUCAGUAUGACCAUAUCAUCCCUGCACACGAUGACGGAUACCUAACAAUGACGGCGGGUACUCAUACUGCAACAUUCAACCGCUAAGAUACGUAAUAACAGAGCGAAGACAUGUAUUUCAGACAACAUUUUGCCCCGGAAGUUUCAUACCUAGCCGCAGGAGUCUGACGUAUUUUUCGAAAAUUAGUUGGAAACCUUUUGGACCAGGGCAUUAUUCAUAAUACUGGUAUUAUAAAAUACAUAAGUAAAUUUGAACAAAAGAAUGCGUCAAUGAAAUAAAUUAAAACGAACUUUUUUUUAAACAUCAAUUCAUGUCAAUUACAUCAAUCCAACCAGAUGUCAUUAGGUUGACAUCGUAUUAAAUAAAACAUUGAUAUAAAUAUGUAGGUAUAAAACCGAACAGGUCAUGUAGAUGUAAAUGAUGUUUCGUUCUAUAUAUAUUGAUGCCACCUGAAAUAUGUUAUAUUUAUUAUAAAAUCAAGAAAGAAUAUUUAAUAAGAAACUAUAUCAUAUGUAAUGUUAUGUAUAUAGUUAUUGCAUUUUUACCCGCAUCGUCUAUACAUCUACGUACUUAUCCGUUCUACCUUCUAUAUGUGUUGGCGCUACUUGAAAUAUGUUAAUAAUAUUGUAUAAUCAAGAAAGAAUAUGUAAUAGGAACCAUAUCAUAUGUAAUGUAAUUCAUCAUUUUUAUAUAUUAUUGCCCGACUCGUCUAUACAUUUACGUACUUUUUUGCUCAUAUAUUCAGGUAAAACAUAAUCUGAUUUGAAAUAAAAGGUUUUUUGACUUGA